CGAGUCUGCGGACCUGAGCCCGGGUGGAGCCCAGUGUGCAGCUUCGCCUUCCCCGCCGCUGCGCCGCCGCCGGCCCGCGCCACCCCGCGCAGAGUCCCGGCCGAGUCCCCGCGGAACCGUCAAGAUGGGUGAAUCAAAUGAAGACAUAGACCAAAUGUUCAGCAAUUUGCUGGGAGAGAUGGAUCUUCUGACCCAGAGUUUAGGAGUUGACACUCUUCCUCCUCCUGACCCCAAACCGCCCAGAGCUGAAUUUAACUACAGUGUGGGUUUUAAAGAUUUAAAUGAGUCCUUAAAUGCACUGGAAGACCAAGAUUUAGAUGCUCUCAUGGCGGAUCUGGUAGCAGAUAUAAGCGAGGCUGAGCAGAGGACAAUCCAGGCACAGAAAGAAUCCUCUCAGAAUCAGCAUCAUGCAGCAUCCCUGGCAGUACCAGAUUUCAGCGGUGCAGUGGCUCUUGGUUAUGGAGCAAAUGUCACUGCAGUUAGUGUUAGCCAAUAUGAGGAUGACUUACCACCUCCACCAGCUGAUCCCAUGUUAGACCUUCCUCUGCCACCGCCACCUCCUGAACCUCUCUCUCAGGAAGAAGAAGCAGCCCAAGCCAAGGCUGAUAAAAUUAAGCUAGCACUGGAAAAACUGAAGGAGGCCAAGGUCAAGAAGCUUGUUGUCAAGGUGCACAUGAACGAUAACAGCACUAAGUCACUGAUGGUGGAUGAGCGGCAAUUGGCCCGAGAUGUUCUAGACAACCUUUUUGAGAAAACCCAUUGUGACUGCAACGUAGACUGGUGUCUUUAUGAAAUCUACACAGAACUGCAAAUUGAAAGGAUUUUUGAAGACCAUGAAAAUGUUGUUGAAGUCUUAUCAGACUGGACAAGAGACACAGAAAAUAAAGUGCUAUUUUUGGAGAAAGAGGAAAAAUAUGCUGUAUUUAAAAAUCCCCAGAAUUUUUACCUGGAUAACAAAGGAAAAAAAGAAGGAAAGGAAACAAAUGAGAAAAUGAAUGCUAAGAACAAGGAAUCCUUACUUGAGGAAAGUUUCUGUGGAACAUCCAUCAUUGUUCCAGAACUUGAAGGAGCUCUUUAUUUGAAAGAAGAUGGAAAGAAAUCCUGGAAACGGCGCUAUUUUCUUUUACGGGCUUCUGGAAUUUAUUAUGUACCCAAAGGAAAAACUAAGACAUCUCGAGAUCUGGCAUGUUUUAUACAGUUUGAAAAUGUCAACAUCUACUAUGGGAUUCAGUGUAAAAUGAAAUAUAAAGCACCCACUGACUACUGCUUUGUUUUAAAGCAUCCCCAAAUUCAGAAGGAGUCCCAGUAUAUCAAAUAUCUCUGCUGUGACGACGCGAGAACCCUAAACCAGUGGGUCAUGGGAAUAAGGAUUGCCAAGUACGGAAAGACUCUCUAUGAUAACUAUCAGCGAGCUAUGGAGAGGGCCGGGCUCGCCUCCCGGUGGUCAAACCUGGGCACUGUCAACGCGGCUCCGCCAGCCCCAUCUUCCACAGGACUUAAAACAGGUACCACCCAGGCCAAUGGUCAGAUUCCCCAGGCUGCACAUUCUGUAAGUGCUGUUCUCGAAGAAGCCCAGAAGCAUGCAGAAACAAUUAAGGACAAGAAGCCAGCCCUUGGUAACCACCACCUAGGAGCGCCCAGGGCCCCUCAGCUUCCCAAGUCCAGCCUGCCACCGCCCCCUCCCGUGCGACGCUCUUCGGACGUCUGCGGCAGCCCGGCGACAGUCCCCAGGGCCAAGGGCCUGAGCGGAGGCUUCCCUGCCCCGCCCGACGACUCCCUGCCGCCACCCCCGCCACCGCCGCCCCUGGACGACGAAGACCUGCCUCUGCCGCCCCCCGAUUUUAACGACGCGCCCCCGGACUUUGUGCCUCCCCCACCGCCGUCGUUUGCAGAGGCUGCGGGGUCUCCUUUACCGCCCCCUCCCCCGCCCCCACCUGCACCUGCACCGGAGGCCGCGAAGCCGCCCCCCGCUGGCGUUAAAAGAGCUCCAGUUCCCCCAAAGAGAAAAGAGAAUCCAGGACCGCCGGGCGGGGGAGGCAGUGGAGAGCAAGAUUUCAUGUCCGAUCUCAUGAAAGCUUUGCAAAAGAAAAGAGGCAACAUGUCCUAAGGGAAAUAGCUUCUUGGGAUGGGCAUAAGCAUUUCUAACCUCAAGUGCGUUUUUACUACUUUAUUUUCGUGACAUCUUGUUGAUUUUCGAUAAAAUAUUGACAUACUCAGACUAGAAAUGAUGUAAAACGUUUCACCGUAGCUCAAAUACAUUCAUAACCAUUAACCUAACACAGAAGUUAGAGUAUCUGCAUAAAUGUACAUAUCUUUCCUGCGUUUCCACUUACGUGAAUUCAUCUUUCCUUUCAAGGUAACUAAAAUGUUUUAUGUUCUUUUAUUUUAUUAUGUUCAGAAGCAUCACAUUAAUAAAAGUUAAUUUUUUUUUCUUGAAGAUGGUAUUUCUAAAAAUAUCAGUGUAUAUAAAUCUAUUGUGAUAUCGACACCAUGUUAUAAUACACUUGACCUUUUAAAAUAGCUUUGAAAGUCAUGGGCCCUUCCAAAGUGUUGUUAAUCCUCGAGGUAUUUUCCAUCUCCACCCCCAUGACCUUCAGAAUUUUCUGAAAAAUCGGAAAAGGAAAAAGGAAAAAACAGGAGAGGCAGAGUGAAUUCAGUUUCUUUGAGACUCAUGGCUUGAUUGAUGGAGGUCCUGGACAUACAGUGUUUUGGUUUUGGUUUUCCAAUGGCCAAAUAACAUAGUAAUGAAGAAAAGAGAUACGUAGAGUUUGGGGAUUCUCUGUUUAUUACAGUGCUGUAAGUAUCCUAUAAAUCAAAAUUUAGAGACAGGAAAAGGCAGUCAUUUAUAUUCUUUAACCUGGAAUGUUUUCUCUCAGAUAAAUUCGAUGCUCAAUUUUAAUAACCAGUGUAUCUUGAGUUCCUGUUACCCUAUCUCACUUCUCUUUCAAAUUGGCUUCUGGGAGUCCUUUUAGAUUUUAACUUUAUUUCCAUGGUUCUGUUUUAUUUUUCUUUUUAAUUCUGAAACACAUCAAAAUCUUUUUUUUUUUUUGAAGUUUAA